AUCAUAUUCAGUUUUAAGUUUCAAUAAUUCAGCUCCUUUAUACGAGUCACAAUGAAGGCUUUGGUUUAUGUUACGUUCUUAGUCCUGGCCGUUGCGGUCAUAGUAUCAGCUGAGGCCGAGGAGAAGAAAACCAAAACAGAGUCGGUGACAGCUGACAAAACACAAAAGAAACGUGGUCUAUUAGGAUUAGGCUACGGUUAUGGUGGUGAUUUUGAUAAUGGUUAUUUAGUUGGUCAAGGUUUAGGACAUGGUGAUUUCGGUCAUGGUGGACUCUCAUUAGGAAGUGGUCUUAUUGGCGGCGGUUAUGGUGGUUAUGGCGGUUAUGGCGGUUAUGGUGGACAACUUUUGGGUGCUGAUGUAACCAAAACAAUUACAUUAGUUAAAGGUGUACCAGUACCAUAUCCAGUUACAAAAACUGUUGGAAUUCCAAUUGAAAAACCAGUACCUUAUCCAGUGAAAGUAGCAGUACCACAACCCUACCCAGUUGAAAAACACGUUCCAUACCCAGUCAAAGUAUUAGUUAAAGAACCUUAUGCAGUUCCACAACCCUACCCAGUAUACAAACACGUACCAUACCCAGUUAAAGUACCAGUUGACCGUCCAUACCCAGUCAAAGUAUUAGUACCACAACCAUACCCAGUUGAAAAACACGUACCAUACCCAGUGAAAGUACAUGUACCACAACCCUACCCAGUUGAAAAACCAGUUCCAUAUCCAGUUGAAGUAAAAGUACCAGUACCACAACCAUACCCAGUCAUCAAACAUGUUCCAGUUGAAGUAAAAGUACCAGUUGACCGUCCAUAUCCAGUCCAUGUACCACAACCAUACCCAGUACAUGUUGAAAAACACGUACCAUAUCCAGUUGAAAAACCAGUACCAUACCCAGUCAAAGUACCAGUUGAUCGUCCAGUACCAUAUCCAGUUGAGAAACCAGUUGCAUACCCAGUCAAAGUACCAGUACCACAACCCUACCCAGUAAUUAAACAUGUACCAUAUCCAGUAGAAAAACCAGUUGCAUACCCAGUAAAAGUACCAGUUGACCGACCAUACCCAGUACAUGUAGAAAAACCAGUACCAUAUCCAGUUGAAAGACCAGUACCUUACCCAGUUAAAGUACCAGUUGCAGUACCAGUCCACGAACACCACGGUCACUCCGAAUACUCAUAUGGAGGUGGUUAUGGACAUGGCAGUUACAGUAGUUAUCAUUAAAUAAAUUUAAACUGUGGUAUUAUUUUUUGUGGAAGAAUGGAUAACAAUUUGGAUUGACGAAAAAAAAUCAUCAUCAUAUAUCUUAUGGAGAUGAAAAGCAAAAAAAAACUCUCUCUAAAUGGAUCAAACUAGGUGGAAUUUUUUAAUAUUUAAUAUUUUUUUUUGUAAUUGAAUGCUGAGGAACUGAUUUUGAUUAUUUUUUUAAUCUGUCUUUUGUUACCUGAAUCUAUUUUAGAACUAUUUUUUAUCUCAUUUUUUUUUAUAAUUUUUCUCGUUGAAACUUUUUAUUUUUUAUUUUUUUAUUUUAUUUUCUCUAUUUUUUCCUCUUGUAUUACGUAAUAAGAGCCUCGAAAAAUAGUAUUUUAUUGUGUAUUAUAUAAUUUAUAUUUAAAACUGAAAAAAAUGAUAAAUAAAUGAAAAAAAAAUGAAGGAAUCCCCCUUUUACCAACAACAACGCCCAAAUGUAUAAAAUAUAUUU